CUUCUGAUAUGUGGCUGGCGCGAAAGAAGUAGCUCUGGGACUGGCCGGUCAAAAUACCCACCUAUAGUGGGUAUUUUUGAAAGAGCCGUUUGUCUUGCUUGUCCAGAUUUUACGGAAGGAAUAUAGGAAGGUAACUGAGCAUAAAAACAAGCAUAUGGCGAGUAAAAAUUUAGUUAGCUGGCUAACAAGAUGGAAAAUAUAAUACAACUUUUUUCCAAACUUCGACUUGCUCUAGAGAAAGGUUUUGACCCAAAUUUUGUGUUAAAGCCCAAACAAAUCAUUUGCUUUGAACAACUAAUUAAUGGAAACGAUACUCUUGCGGUUUUGCCUACUGGAUAUGGGAAAUCCAUUUUGUACCAGUUACUUCCUUUUGUAAUGCCUUUACAGAAGAAAAGAAACAUAGUGAUUGUUGUUAGCCCUCUCAACGCUAUCAUUGAGGAUCAACAAAAAAUUUUGAGCCAAAGAGGUGUAGAAGUUGCUACACUUACUUAUGAAAGGGAAGAAUGUACAGAAGAUCUUUUUGCACAUUUGAAUACGGAAGAUCCUGUCGAACCAAAUUUCAAAGUUUCACAUGAAAUAAAAAAUGGAGAUAUUGAUUUUUUAUUUGGACAUCCAGAAGCAUUUUUGUCACACACAGGAAGAAAUUUACUAAAAUCAAAAAUUUAUCAGGAUAAUGUUGUUGCAUGUGUAGUAGACGAGGCACAUUGUGUGGAAUUGUGGGGACUGGAAUUUAGAAAAAGCUUUCAAGAUUUGGUUGUCUUAAACACCAUCUUUCAAGAUCGCCCUAUGCUUGCAUUAACCGCAACUGCGGGAGAUAAAAUGAUUUCCAAAAUUAUAAAAGACUUAUCUCUACAGAACUGCAAAAUUGUAAAAGCCUCACCAAAUCGUAGAAAUGUGUUUCUAAGUGUAAAAAAACGACUUCCAAACAACUAUGGUGUAAAAAGUUAUGAACAAAUUCUAUUACCAAUAGCAACAGAAUUAAACGAAACAAGACAAGAUUACCCUAUCACAAUUAUAUAUAUGGGUUUAAAAUAUUGUGGAUAUGCAUAUAAACUUUUUGACAUGGUUAUUGAAAAUCCCUUCUGUGAAAACGAGAUAACUCCAAGAGCUUAA